AUGCCGCCGAAGAGAAUCCAACGCGAGGUUUACUCAAUAGAUGGUCAGUUCGGGACGUAUACCUCGUCUCAAUCAACCUCGAGGAGACUCUCCUUACUAAAAGGAGCUCACGGGAUUCCAGGUCGGAUAAACCUGAUUUCCCCCGAGGCGACUGACUCGCCAGAGACUCCCUCGCCUGGUCAUGCUUGUGCUUUCGAGAUCUUCUUUUCGGAGUGCGGGCUAUACUUCCCGCUUCCUGACAUUUUGAUAGAUUUCAUGCAUGAGUUCGGGAUCGCACUACCGCAGCUGUGCCCGAACGUAAUCCGCACCAUCCUAAGUCUUCUUACACUAGCCGAAGAAGACAACUUCCUUCUCUCUCUGCCCGACCUUCUACAGCUUUACGCAAUUAAGAAAGGUCGAACACAGGGUACCUUCUUCUUAUCACCUCGCAAAGGAUUCAGAGUUUUUGAAGAUUUUCCCGAAAAGGAUGAGCAAUGGAGGAAAUCAUUCUUCUUCUUCCGCGUUAACGAGCUCACAUUCGGCGAGAAAACGGGCCUCUUUGUUUCGGAAUGGUCUGCCCGAGCUGCUUCGGUGGACCUACUUCCUAUCUCCAAGACAUUCGCUUCGCACUUCUCCAGCUUCGUUCGUCAAGACUUGGGUUGGGAAUCUUUAUCGAGCGACCGGGUCCGAGCAUCAGGAAAAAGACUUCGCUCUCGGACCGACCUUGCUAUUUCCUCUCCUCCUUUCGAACCCAGAAUCUUCUCCGAAGAAGAAAUGUCAGCCCCCUCAUACCGUGCCGAGAAAAAGAUGGAAAGGGAGAGGGCAAAACAGGAGAAAGACCGCCUCAAGUCCGAUAAGGUCGUCAUGACGGGAACCCUUGAAGACAGCAAACUUCAAGCUGCCAACAAGGCCAAGCAGCCCCGAGCUGAAGAAGAUGGCGGAGCCAGACAGAAGCCUUCCACUUUGGCAAGCAAAAACGAUGCGCCUGCCCCGGAUUCGAGAACUCCUUCCAAGGCCACCUCCAGCAGAGACCCCUCGAAGCGAUAUGGGGAUAAGAAGAGGAAGCAAUCCGAUAAGGACGCUCGAUCUCCAGCCCGCUCUGUCCGGGUUCGAACAGAGGAGAGGGAUGCUAGCCCGAGCCAGCAAAAAGAGAAAGGCAAAAAGGGGGACUCUCAAGAUCUCGUGAAAUCUAUUCCUCUGAAUGCCCCCUUUCUCCGAGAUACUGACAACUUACUCAGUUCUGGCCAUGUUUCAGCUCCUCCACUGCCUUUUGCCGACCUGGUCAGGUCGUUCACCCAUGCGGGCGCACCUAUCCCUCCAUUGAAGGAGCUGAAGCCGACCAACCAGGAGAACUACCUCCGUUUCGCGGAGAAACUGGGCGAGCUCUCGGACAAAGACAGGGAGAUCGAGAGCUUCAAACAGAACGAGGAGGAGAACUCCCGCAUGGUUGAUCGGGCUAACAGUGUUCUUAGCCGGAUGAGAGAAGCUGAAGCUCGGGUUUUAGCCCUCGACAUCGCCAAUACUGACUUGGCUGCCAAGCUGGAAUCGGGCAAGAAUGCUUACUUGGCGGCUAUUGACAACGAGAAUCGAGCCCGAGCUGAGCUCCUUGCCUGCGAGGAGAAACUGAGGAAGCUGGAAGAAGGUCAAGCUGCGCUGCUUGCAGAUGCGAGGAGGGAAGAGCGGAGAAAGGUUCGGGCUCAGUUUAAGGACUUCACGUCUAAGUAUCAGAGCUUCUACGCGGAAUCAGAGGAAGUUUAG